UAUUUCCAACUUUAUGAUGAGCUUAAAAACUCUGAGGUAUUAUAAAUACCUACGGUAUGGUUUGUGUGUGAUUUUCAUCACAUCUGAAGAAAAUCUUAAGUUUGAUCUUACUGCAGUUAUGUUCAAUGUGUUUUGUGAUUUAGAGACUGUAAACCUUUAUACAAGUGUGUGUUGUUAAAAAACCUUGAAGAAGUAUGUGUUUUUUAGAACAGAUGAAUUAAAGGAGAACUCUGAUGUAAAAUAGAUGUUAGGUGUGGUAAAACAUGAUAACGAGUAAUAACCUUUCUGAGAUCCAGAAGUUUUUAUUCUAUUUGUCCAAACACCCUUCAGACCAGGUGAUACUGGGCAUAAUUUACCCCUGCAGGUAAAUCGCUUUUUUCAUCAUUAUUCAGCUUAAAGUAGCUCCAAACCUCCUUGCUAGAAUCUGGAGAGCCCUGACAUUUAAAACGAGGCUUUAAUUGUAACACCUUAGCCCAUGUCUGUCAUGUUUCUCCCACAUUUGGUCUCUUGUGCUCCUGCCCCUCUGUUUCCCAGCCAUGUGCUUCUGUUGUGUUUUGGUCCUGUCUCCGCCAUAGCCCCACCCUGUCAUUAGUUAUUUGUAACCCCGCCCCCUCUUGAUUGAUCCUCAGGUGUUUCCAGUUUCCUGUUCCCUCCUCGUGUACAUAAGCCCCUUUGUUUCAAGCCUUCUUUGUCUAGUCUUUUGUUAGUUUGUUUGCUGUCCGUGAUCAGGUUUGUUUCAUGUCUCUUGAUGUUUGUUAGCUUCCUGUUUUCAAGUUUAGUGUUUUGUAGUUAUGUAUUCAGUGUAACUUUGGUUUAUUUUGUUUGUUUGUUUGUUAAUUUGUUUUAGUUUGUUAAUUUAAUAAAUAUUAUUCUGCACUUACGUCCAUCCCCUCACUUCUGUAACAUAAGACUAGACCAAAAUUAUGAACGUAGCAGAAUAUAUCCGCAGAGGUAGGGAGGAUUUGGGAGAGGAUUGCUGGACUUUUGUGGCACUCAAAGUACUUGAAGAGUACCUGCACAGUACCUCCCUUGUAGGUGAUCCAUCCUCCCCAGAUCCAGCGCUGCCUGCGGCAUCCGCCGCCUCUGCUUCAACGCUGCCCGCGGCUUCCGCCGCCUCUGCUUCAACGCUGCCCGCGGCUUCCGCCGCCUCUGCUUCAACGCUGCCCGCGGCUUCCGCCGCCUCUGCUUCAACGCUGCCCGCGGCUUCCGCCGCCUCUGCUUCAACGCUGCCCGCGGCUUCCGCCGCCUCUGCUUCAACGCUGCCCGCGGCUUCCGCCGCCUCUGCUUCAACGCUGCCCGCGGCUUCCGCCGCCUCUGCUUCAACGCUGCCCGUGGCUUCCACCGAUUCUGCGCUGACCGCUGCACCCGCCGCGCCUGCCCAAGCUGCACCCGCCGCGCCUGCCCAAGCUGCACCCACCGCGCCUGCCCAAGCUGCACCCGCCGCGCCUGCCCAAGCUGCACCCGCCGCGCCGGCUCAAGCUGCACCCGCUAUGCCUGCUCCAGCUCCAGCACCAGCAGCUCCCGCUGCUACAGCCUCAGCUCCAGCACCAGCAGCUCCCGCUGCCCCGGCUUUAGCUCCAGUACCAGCGAUGCCCGCCGCCCCUGUUCCUGUGUCUGCAGUGCCUGCCGCCCAUGUGGUACCCACUGUCUCUGACCCUGUGCCCGCGGCUCCGGCCACCUCUGACCCUGUGCCCGCGGCUCCGGCCGCCUCUGACCCUGUGCCCGCGGCUCCGGCCGCCUCUGACCCUGUGCCCGCGGCUCCGGCCGCCUCUGACCCUGUGCCCGCGGCUCCGGCCGCCUCUGAACCUGUGCCCGCGGCUCCGGCCGCCUCUGAACCUGUGCCCGCGGCUCCGGCCGCCUCUGACCCUGUGCCCGCGGCUCCGGCCGUCCCUGUGCCUGCUCCCAGAAAUAAGCACACCCCCAGGUCGUGUGCUUCCAGACCUGCUCCAAGAUCUCCUGCUUCAACCCCUCGAACUCUGCCCAGGCUGGUUCCGCAGACUUUGAACUUCACCAGUCCUGGGCUCCAGUCUAUGUGUGUAUUUGUACCCAUGUCUCUCCCUGUCCUGGUCCCCGUGUCUGUGUUUGUUCCCGUUCCUGUCCCCAGUGGUUUUUCUAUUCCCGUCCCUAUCACCAUAUUCGUGUCAGUCCCAGUAAGUGUAUUUGUCCCAGUUCCCCUGCCCAGUCUUGUCCAGUCCCAGUUCCCGGCCACUGUCCAGUCUGUGUUUCAACCCCCUGUCCAGUCUCCGUCCCUGUGUAUGUCCAGCCCUCUGUCCAGUCUACUGUCCACUCCUCUGUCCAGUCUCAGCCCUUUGUCCAGUCUGUGUCCCCUGUCCAGUCUGUGUUUCAACCCCCUGUCCAGUCUCAGUCCCUGUCUAGUGUCCACUCCUCUGUCCAGUCUGUGUCCCCUGUCCAGUCUAAGCCCCGUGUCCAGUCUUUUGUCCAGUCCUUUGUCCAGUCCAUGUCCCCUGUCCAGUCUCAGCCCCCUGUCCAGACCUUGUCACCUGUCCAGUCUCAGCCCCCUGUCCAGUCUUUUGUCCAGUCCUUGUCCCCUGUCCAGUCUCAGCCCCCUGUCCAGUCUUUUGUCCAGUCCUUGUCCCAUCUUCAGUCUUUUGUCCAGUCCUUGUCCCCUGUCCAGUCUCAGCCCCUGUCCAGUCUUUUUUUCCAUUCAUAGUCCAGUCUCCUGUUUUGUCAUGAGUUCCAUCGUCUUGUCUUGUUCUCUGUUCCCUCUCCCGGCGCCUCUGGUAGUGGCGCCGCUGAGGGGGGGUGAUGUAACACCUUAGCCCAUGUCUGUGUUGCGUUUCUCCCUCAUUUGGUCUCUUGUGCUCCUGCCCCUCUGUUUACCUGUCAUGUUUCCCAGCCAUGUGCUUCUGUUGUGUUUUGGUCCUGUCUCCGCCCUAGCCCCACCCUGUCAUUAGUUAUUUGUAACCCCGCCCCCUCUUGAUUGAUCCUCAGGUGUUUCCAGUUUCCUGUUCCCUCCUCAUGUAUAUAAGCCCCUUUGUUUCAAGCCUUCUUUGUCUAGUCUUUUGUUAGUUUGUUUGCUGUCCGUGAUCAGGUUUGUUUCAUGUCUCUUGAUGUUUGUUAGCUUCCUGUUUUCAAGUUUAGUGUUUUGU